AUGAAUUUUUUUUUUUUAGUUUGGAAAAGGCUAUGGCUGGACAAAUUUAAAAAAGAAACUAUUUCAUUGUCGUGUUUAUACGUGUGUACGCAAUAGAAAGUGCUUGCAAGAAUACAUUUUCAUCUUAUACGAAUUGUGUAAUAAAUUCAGAAGCUUAAGGAAUAUUGGAUACUAAAAGCAAAUUUUCAAUCAAUUAAUUAAAAAAAAAAAAAAAACAAAAAAACAAGAAACCAAAAAUAACAGGAGAAGAGAAGGAAAAAAUAUAUUAAAAGAACGAAAAAAACUGUGUCUAUUUGGUCUAACCCACAUUUUCGAAACAAAGUUAAGAUUUGCAUGCAACAAUGAUUCUAAUGCAAUUGUGACGAGAAUGGGCGAACUGUUUGCUGCAUUAAAUAAGUGAGUAUCCAUCGCAAAAGGAUAUUUAUGUUACUGAUGGUGAUGGUAAAUUGAUGUGAAUAUAUAUAAAUACGAACGGGUUGGCAGAAGAAAUGGCAUUAAGUCAUCAUAAUGAAGCCAAUUUCUGGAUUAAUAAUAAUGCGAAAAACGAAUCACAUCAAAUUGUAAUAAUAACGAAAAGGGAAAGAAAAGAAAAUGAUUCCUCAACCCUGGAUAAAUUGCUACAAAUUCAACUGAAAUAAUGCUGCAGAAAAUUCAAUAGGAGCACAUAUAUAUAUAUAUAUAUAUAUAUAUAUAUAUAUGCAUAUAAAUAGUGCAUUCGAGAAACAAUCAAAACUUGAACGAAAUAACGAUAAAAACAUUGACCCUUUGCUAUGGCGACAACACAUAUAGAAACAAGGGGGAAAAAGAUAACUUAUUAAGUUAAAGUAAAAUUGGGAAAACAAAAAGGUAAAUUUAACAAAAUUGAAGAAUGGGCCCAUGAGGGUAGUAGCAAAAGUGCGAUCGAUAAAUAAACACACAACUAAACAAGAAGAAUAAGGAGUUUAUUGAUAAUAAGAAAAGGAGGUCAGGUAUUGGGAAUACGUACGUAUGAGAAAUGGCCCAAAAUUUCAUCUAUAAACCUAAUUAUAGCAUAACUGAAUUCAAUCAUCGCACUCAACGGCUACAACUGCAGCAACAGAUUCAAAAGCAAAUUCUGAAACCUCGAACAUAUUUAAAUACUGAUCGUAGUAACAUUGUUAGCAAUGAUAAGCUGCAAGAAAAUAUUGCGGCAGAAUUACACGCUGACGACGACAUGUCAGCUGUAUAUCAGUGCGGACAGCUAACAUCUGUUUUUGAUAGCAUAAAAUGGUCACCCCUAGGAAACAAUCAAACGAAUGACAGCAACAUUAAAAAUACCUCGAAUACAUCGAUUCUGUCAAUCAAACACUGUGCUCAUACUACCGUUUAUUUGGAUAUCCCAAGACCCCCGUCAAUACCAACGGCGUCAUUAAUAAGGAAUACACCGCCGUCAUUACUAUUAUCACGAUUGUCCCCAAAUUAUUAUUCAACAUGUUGCUCGCUCACUUACAAUAUGUUUGCUGCCUAUGCCGAAGCUGUCACUCUGCAAAUGAAGUGUAAAACACAUUUUAAUAGAUUGUUACACGUAGGUGGUCAUCUCGAUAUGCGUAGUUUACGUUAUCUGAUACUAAUGGUAUUGGUUUAUUGGAGUGUACUCACACAUGUAGCCGUUGCCACAAAUGUCACAACAACUACUACUACUACUACUACUACUACUACUACUACUACUACUACUGCACAGCCUUUCCUGUUACCAUUAUUACCAUCACUUACAUCACACAAUGACUCAUUUGUGCAACAAAGCUUAACGGCAUUCGAUAGUCAGCACGUAAGUUCAUUACGCAACUUUACGUUCACGUUCACAGUUUCGGGUACGAUGUCAACUAGUUUAUCUAAUCAAACAUCGAAAUCAUUAAUAACAUAUGAUGCCUCUAUGAAUAAUUUUGCAUUCAAUAUGCGUUCAUUAACGCGUCGUGAUGCCGCCAAUGUGCCUGAUCCUGAUGCUGAAGAUGAUGAUUCCAGCUAUCACGAUGAAGAAUUCGAUGAGUAUGAGGCCCUUAUUCAUAAUAAAUCUGCCAAAGGUAAAUAUAUAGGUGCUCCGUGCAAUAAUAUGAAGUGUGAAACGUCUUUAGUACAUGUCACCUGCGAGAAGGAGACAUUAACUUGCGGCUGUGAAAAAAAUUAUCCCGUGCAACUUGGUUUAACCAGGGGAUGCGAUAAACCAAAAAAAUUGGGCGAACAAUGUUUUUAUGACGAAACAUGUCAAUACAAUGACGAGAAUUCCCUCUGUGUUCAGGUGCGACAUAAUGCAUUGUGUCAGUGUGCCUCCGGUUUUCAUUCGGUCAGCUAUACGAAACCAACCCGUCGAGUGUUUUGUACGCAAGAUCUCGACGAAUUGAACUCUGAUUUGCCCACACUGCUGGGCGUCUGUCUGGGCAUUGGGGUCUUGGCCGGCCUAAUAUGCAUGGUAUUGCAUCUGUUUAGUAAAACAAAAUAUCCACGUCAUCGAAAUUUCGGUGACGCCAAUUUACCGCCACCAAUUAUGUAUUCAAGUGAAACAGGUAUACUGUCGACAGUGCAAUCUGGUCGUCCAUCUUCGCGUUCGAGUAUACGUUCUAGUGGUGGUUCUGUCGGUUCCUAUGGCAAUCGUCGCACAUCCUCUGUCGGUGGUACAACUGGUACUGGGGCUUCGAAAGGCAUAUUGGUCUCGACUUCACGCACAGGUGCGGCUAGAUCGGCCGCCAUAUUGCUUAUAUCGUGUCACUUGUCAGCCAUUUCCAAACAAAAUUCACGCGUCUCAUCGCGUCAAACUUCCGGUGCCGGCUGUAGUGCAAACUCACGCGAUAAUCUCGACGAGAACGGUUCCAAUCCGGACAGUCGAAGUUGCGAUAGCACGCUCUCAAUGACGCGUCAUCUUCAAAAGCAAUUGAAUCAUCAGCGUCAUCUACUCAGUUUCGAACUAUCGCCGGCAAAAACCAAAAAUCACGAUAGAGUUAGAGCGUUGUUGGGCUUGAAUGGAAUUGAUAAUUAUAGAACCGAUGACGAUGAUUUCAAUAGUUUAGAAAAUGGUGGUGGUAAUCACUUAGAAAUUGGUGCUCUACCCACACCGGCCAGUGAAACGCCCUGUUUUGCGGUAAAACUCCUUGACAAAACUAAACUAAACCAGUUAAACAAACAAAUUUCAAUAUACUGCCCGCAUCAAACAUACAAACAGAAUACGGAAAAGAAAAGAAAACAACAUGAACAACAACAACACACGACACUCCACUUUUUAAUGAAAUUUGCGACAUAAACGUUAAAAUUUUUACACAUAACGUAACAUAUAUACGUCUAAAUUGCUCAACAUUUCGUCUGUUGAACUCAAAAAUUGCUCUUAUGUCAGCGUCUCUCCUCGUAUAUACAAUUCGUCUGUUGCCUAUUUUAUUUCGGUCUCAUAUUUAGUUUCACAGAGAUCCAAAAAUGACUUGAGUUGUCCUUGUAGGUCAUAUUUAACUUGUCGUUUAUUUUAUACCAAAAGCAAUUAAUUAACAAGACCGUCCAACAUUUUUCAACCUACGAAAUUAUUACAGACUUUUUGGGUUUCUGUUAUCAAUAGCUCUAGUAACGCUAGUUAGUUAAUUAGCAGUAAAUCGACGGCUUGCUCUUUCAUUCUCAUCAUUACUAUAGACAAAAGAUCCUAUUAAUAGUUUCUUAAUACGACGUCACAUUCUCUUAAAGGUUUACAAAGCCAGAGCAGAUAGAUAGAUAGAUAGAUAGAUAGAUAGUGUUUUUAAGUGAAUAUGCGCUAUGAUUUACCGAUAAAUGUGUAUGGACAAAAAAAGCAAACAGUAGCUACGUAAAACGAUAAGAUUUGUUUUCUUUACUAUUGUAAAAUAUUCGAGAACAUAGAUCGGCCGGUCGGCGGGUCAAAAUCAAUCAAAAUGACCGUAUUAAAGAGACUUUUGGGUUAGAGAUUUUCGUAUUAAAAAGGUCUUCUAGUAAAUGACAAAGUAUAAUUUAUACAGAAGAACAUAAUUACAAACACAGUUGAAUGAACUUUAUUUAUAUAACCGUUCUUUUCGAUAUCAAUGGCUCCCCUGAUGUUAUUGCAUUUUUUAUGUAUAUAUAUAUAUAAAGAUUUGUGUAUAUAACAUCCAUGAUGAUCGAACUAAAUUUUUGUUCAUAGUAUCUAUUUACAAUCCUUUUAUACCCACCACUGUAAGAAGGGGGUAUAAUCAUAUUUUUCAUAACAUAUAUAACAUAACAAAAGGAAGCUUCAGAGACGCUAUUAAGUAUAUUUUAGGUUGGGGAAAACGAAAUCCAUUAUUUUUUCGGUAGAUGGAUGCACUGAUAGAUUUCUCGUAA